AGCAGAAACAAGCUCACAAAGUGGGAUUGCGGAAAGAAAAUUUUUCUACUCCAAAAAUUUUCAAUUUAUUAGAGAAAAAUUAUCAAUAAAUAGUCGUUUUUACAAUAACUCGAAUGCAACUCUAAACAGUUAAUAAAAGGAUGUUAAUAAAAAUUUGAAAACUUGAUUUGAUUGCUAACUCGGCGUGAAAAAAUAGCGGUGUUUCUAAUACGGCAUUGGUUUAUUGUUGAUUGGAUUUUGGAAAAUAGUGCUGCAGAAGGAGGCGCGGCUGCAACAGUGGGCCUAGAGUGGCAGAGCAGUAGCGGUGAUUGGGUCGCAAAGGAACGCUAUGCAGGACUGAUUUUUUACGUGUCGAAUUGGUCGCUAUUCAUCACCAUUGACUGACUUGUUUAUGCUCGGUCGCAAAGGCAAAGACAAAGAUUUAAUGCGUUUGGGGAAUGUGGAUGUUGUCAUACAAAAAGAUAAACUUGGUUCACCAACUGCCAGUUUGGAUGACGGUAAUUUAGCUGCAUUCGGUUUAAGCGCACUGAUGGCUACUGGCGGUAUUGAUUUGGGUGAUUUGGCCCAGGAAUUAGAUCAGGAUGAGUUCGACGGCCCAAAUAUGUUGAAUGGUGAACGUCCUGCUAUAAUUGCUCCACCGGAGAGUGAAUGGUACCACGGACGUUUGGACCGUUAUUCAGCGGAAUCUCGUCUACGUGGGAGCAGCAAAUUGGGCAGCUAUUUAGUACGUGAAAGCGAUCGGAAGCCUGGCUCAUAUGUAUUAAGCUAUUUGGGGCGCACUGGCAUUAAUCAUUUUCGUAUUACUGCUGUGUGCGGUGAUUUUUACAUUGGUGGUCGCCAAUUCGUUUCAUUGAGUGAUCUCGUCGGCUAUUACACAUCAUGUAGUGAUUUGUUGAAACGUGAACGCCUGCUCAUUCCAGUGCCACCACCCGAGCCGGUGAAUGAUAAGAAGCGUGUGGUGGCUCACUUGCCAUACACCAAAAUGGCCGACACCGAUGAGUUGAGUUUCCAGAAGGGUGACAUAUUUUUUGUACAUAAUGAUAUGGGCGACGGUUGGUUGUGGGUAACUGCUCAUCGUACCGGAGAGCAGGGCAUGAUUUUUCGUGAACUAGUCGAGGAUUUGGAUCCGGUAAUCGAUCCGAAUACGGUGUUUCCAUGGUUCCAUCCGAAUUGCACGAAGAAUGAGGCUGUCGAUAUGUUGGUGAAGGCUGGUCCAGGCAGCUUUCUGGUGCGCCCCAGUGAUAACUCGCCUGGCGAUUAUUCGCUUUUCUUCCACAUCAACAAUCAAAUUCAACGCUUUCGCAUUGAGAAGAAAGGCGUGCGUUAUCUGAUGGGUGGACGAACAUUCGAGUGUCUGGAUGCAGUGAUCAAUCGCUAUCGCAAAGAGCAAAUCGUUGAGGGGCAUUCGCUCAGUCAUCCAGUGGUGAAUGGCUCGCAGCCCGAAUUCAAUCAGCAGUUCGUUGUCGAGAAGGCUGCAGAAAAAAUAUACGCCACACUGCGUGAAUGUCGUGAUCAAAUCGGCUUGAAGAAGAUUAAAGGCAUCAAGCAUCAUGGCCAUUUGUUUAAGAAGUCUGAUAAGACAGCUAAAUGGAAGCAACUCUACUUUGCACUUAUCAGCGAGGGCAGCGAAACGCAUCUUUGCUUCUAUGACAAUCCCAAAAAGACUAAACCGAAAGGUCUUAUUGAUCUAUCGUGCGCGUAUCUCUAUCAGUGCCAUGAAUCGCUAUGGGAGCGGCCAUAUUGUUUUCAAAUAGUCGAACGCGCACUGCCGUGCUUGGCCAACAACACUUAUCUCUGCGCGACACAGGAGACCUACGUGGAGUGGAUCAAUGCGCUCAAAGCGCAAUGCAGUUCGCAAUUCAGUCGCGCGCAAAUCAAGGUGCCGUGUCUGCGUGAGUUGCGCUGCUUGAAUUUGCAUGUGUUGGAGGCGCAUAAGUUGCCAUUUAAGCUGGUGCCACAUCCGUACUGCAGCAUAUCGCUAAAUCAAGUGAAGGUGGGCAAAACGCGCGUGAAAAUUGCACCAGAUCCAGUGUGGGAGGAGGAGUUCGUGUUAGACGACGUGCCGCCCGAUGUGGUUUCGCUAACAAUUACGCUUGUAUCGCGUGGCAAACGCGGCAAGGACUCUGAAGUUGCUGAACUGACCAUCGAUUUGGCUAGCUUGAAGAACGGCCAAGAGACGGAGGGGUGGCAUCAGCUUACCGGCAUGACACCAAUGGGUGAGUGGGGUUCGUUGCGUUUGCGCAUGCGUUAUCUAGACGACUUGAUUAUGCCCUGCGAGGAGUACAGUCCGCUGCAGGAGUUGCUGCUGGAGCCCGAGCUGUGUGUGGUGAAAGCUUUGGCUGAACUUUGCCACAACGAUCGGGUGCCCCUCGCCACUGCACUGCUACGCGUGUUCCGCCAUGAAAAACGUGAGACGGAACUGAUACGCAUACUCUGCCAGGCGGAAAUAGCACGCGAAAAUGAGACCACCACACUUUUCCGCGGCGCUUCAUUGGCUACCACACUAAUGGAUUUGCACAUGCGCACCGAAUGCACAGGUUUCUUGAAUGCCGCUGUUUCGGAGACGGUGCAACGCAUCCUCGAUAGCAAGCAAUCGGCCGAAUUGAAUCCCACCAAGAUGGAUGUGAACGAUGAUGCCUGCUCCAAUGCAGAAUUUCUGCUGCAGAUACUCGACUUGGUGACGCAUUCGAUUUUUACCUCUCCCGAGGCGUGCCCACGCAGUGUGCGCUACAUAUGCAAUUGCUUGCAGAAGGCAGUAGUGGCAAAGUGGCCUACUGAACGUUUGGUGCGCACGCGCGUCGUCUCUGGCUUCAUCUUUUUGCGGCUACUAUGUCCGGCGCUACUCAAUCCGCGUCAAUUUGGCUUGGUCAGUGAGACACCGCCAACAAUGGCAACACGUUCGCUCAUAAUGGUGGCCAAAUGUCUGCAAAAUUUAGCCAAUCUUAUAGAGUUUGGUGGCAAGGAACAAUACAUGGAGGUGGUCAAUCCGUUCAUAUUGAAAAAUAAAGAACGCAUGAUUGUCUUUCUCGAUCAAUUAUCAUUGGUAACAGAUCCAAAUCCGCCACCUGGCAUGUUUAGCGAACAAAAUUCCAAUCACAUUGUGCAGGAUACUGGUCGCGAACUGGCCACUCUCCAUCACAUUUGUGUAUCUUACUUGCCCGAAUUGCAAGGCCUCUCGAAUAUACUAUCCAUUAAAAAACUGGUAACGGUCACUGACAUGCUGACAAAACAUAAGCUAAAAUAUCGCGAAAAGAUUAGCUAAGAAGAUAGUCACUAAGCUGAGAAUCCCUGGAGCGUGCCAGCCAAACAGCCGCAACACAGUCAGUUUCCACAAGUCAGUCAUGCAGUGAGUGUGGCGCUAAAGCAAACCAACAACAAGUAAAAAGCAACACCAAACAACAAUUAUUUAUACAAUAACAACAACGCUAAUCGUAUCUUAUAAAGAAAAGCGCGGUCGAAUGGGAGAUCAUAAACCUUACGUAGUAUUUACCCAGAGAAAAUGUUGCCGAAAUCAGUAAGCGAACGCCAAUUGUCGCACACGUAAAACCAAUAAGCAUUUGAAGAAUUUAGUAGUUUUUUUCGCUGGUACAUCCAAUAAUCAACUGUUUUCCAUGUACGCAAUAGAAGUGUUUGGGAAAUUAGCACAAGUGAAUAAUUUGCUCUCAUUUUCAGUCAAAGAAGGUAGUUAAGGCAGAGCUGCAGCUAAGUAAUUUGCUUGCAAAAUUAGUUGUUUACUUGUAAAGUUGUUUUUUCUGCUAUGGCGGAGAUUAUCUUGGACUCAAAGAAUGUUUAGCAAUAUUAACGUGAUUUUUUCAUUUUGUUUUCCGUUGGUUGUGCAGAAUUGCAUUUGUCAGAACUCGUAUUUCUUAUUUCCGUAUCAAACAUUGUAUGUAUAAAUAAUUAAGAAACAAAGCGAUACUUCAAAUAUGCCACAAAGCUCGUUAAUUAUGAUGAAUAUUUUUUAUGAAUUUCUCAGGCUUUACACAACGCAAACAGCCUUUAAAAUUCUACCAUUUAAUAUUGGCUUUCAAGUGCAUGCCUGUAUUUUGUUCAGCAGCAAGAUUCGAACUAUCGCUACCAGCCUGCUUUUUUCCAUAUGAAAUAUUCUGCACUUUUCUUAAAUGUGCAUUUAGCUUUGCGUUCUCUAUUUUAGUUUAGGAAUUGGUGAAAGCGUACAGAAAUGAGACGCAUAUACUAUUUUUUUUAGAUUUGCAUUUUUAAAAAUAUAUAUUUUGUUCUUAAAACUGUUUUUGGAUUUAAUGUUUUUUUAAUUUUCUUUUAACUAUUUUUUCCUAGUUUUAUUUCUCGUUUUUCUUUUGUGCGCGCAUUUUUUCAAACAAAAACUCGCUCUCUGCUUUAUUGCUUUUGUGUUUAAAAUAAAUACCUAUAUACUCAAGCAUAUGAAUGUUAUAUAAAUAUAUUCUUAUACAUAUUACACACAUAUAAAUGCGUCUUCUUUUAUAAUUAUAUACAGAUAUAAAUAAAUAAAUGAUAGAAAGUGUAAACGGUAAAAGUGUGCGUAGCGAAGCGAGGAAAAAUAUAACUAUUUAGCUUUAAACAUUUUCAAUUAUAAAAAAAAAGAUAAAAAGUGAAAUAAAACCAAUAUAAUAAUAGAAAACUAUAA